UAUCCGACAUACACAUGCGCUUGUGUCGGCCCAGCAAAAUGCCCCCUCCCCGUCUCUCUGUCGUCAAUCGCGCGGAGCGCGCCAUAAGCACUCACACAGCUCGUUCGCGGCGAGGCCCGAUGUCGCGGUGCUGGUGCAUGCACGACCCUCCGGAGUCGCGGUACAAACCAACAGCCUCGUCGCUCUACGGUCGUCUGCCGCCGCGCCCAUUCAUACCCUUGCACGAAUUCCAUUGCAUAUUUUCGUCCCGUCUCGCUGAACAGUGGGCGUCAGUACAGCCGGUGCCGACCGUCGUUUCUCACUGCUUGCGACAGCCGUGUCUCUCUCCGAGCCUCCAGCAACUCCCCCGCGAAGUCGUCCCUUCGCCCUUCCAGCUAACGUAUGCGGCCGCUUAAGACGGGCUAUCCUAGCGGUUGCGAGGCUCUGGUUAAGACUGUUUUUCCCCUUCACCUCUCGUCGUCAUGGCGCAAGUGGGCAGCGGCGGCAGCGGUGCGGACGUGGAGGGGUGGGUGGGGAGGUGCGCGUUCCUGGCGGUGGAAGGCCGGGAGGACUGCGCGCACGCUGGGGAGCGUUGGAGCGCGGGAACGAGGGGAGCGGCGGAGGAGGAGGCGGGGCGGGGGCGGAAGAACACGGUGGAGGUGGUGGCGGCUCUCGCGCUCGUCACGCGCCUGUGUGGCGGCAGUGAGCGCCCGGCAGCACAGUGGCAGCAGCAGCUGGAGCGGCUGCUGCCGCUUCACGCCUUCCAUCCGCCUCGUCGAGUGGUGGUGGUGGUGCCAACGCGGGAGCAGCAGCAGGCGGCAGAGAGGGCGUGGAGCCGGCUGCAGAGGCAGCAGGGGCGGCAGCAGGUGGCCGCAACAGGCGCAGGCGGGGCGGUGGAGGUGCGGGUGGUGGUGGCGGGGCUGCCGAGCCUCCUCCCCACUGACCUGGCCUCAUGUGACUUGGCGCUGAUCACAGCCGUGUGCGCACCGCCCUCUCAACCCACCUCCGGCGACGUGCACUCGCUCUGGCCCCCAACCAGGCCGAGGGGUGGGAGUGGAAGGGGGCGGAGCAGCUGCGAUCAGAGCUGAUGCUGGCAUAUGCGGGUCUGCAGGUGUCUGUGCGCAUGUUGCAGCGCGCCCAGCAGCACCUCACUGCCUGGCUGGAGGAGCUCCACACCAGCCUGAGCAGCGAGCAGGACAUGUGCUCUCCACUGGCUGCAACGCCAAGCAGUGCCUCUCCUGCAUCACCUUCAGUGCCAGCCAGUUGUGACGCCACAGCAGCAUUAUUGUUGGCAUGUCAUGUGGCAUCCAUCUCCCCUCCGCCGCCCAUCACCGCUCUGCAGCACAAGUUGGCUCUCUGGUGCUACCGUUGGUUGUCCCGCCUCUCCGCGCUCCUCUCCUCUCCACGCCACCUCCACCGCCGCGCCAUGCCCGCUGCCGACUCGCACCUUCCCCGCCUGCAAGCCUCCUUCGCCCUCCUCUCUGCCUCCUUCCACCGCCACCUGCUCUCGUCCCACUGCCAGGUGGAUGACGUGGCACUGCCAUGGGUGAAGAGGGGGGAGGUGCGGAGGCUGGCGAGCACGGGGGGGAGUGGGGAGAUGGAGGGGACGAAGGCUGUGGAAAUGGUGAUGUGUGUGUGGGAGAGAGAGCAUGAGAAGAGGUUAAGGGAAUCACAGCAAGUGGCGCGCAGUGGAGCUGUGAGCUGCUCAUCUGAGCUCCUCACCUGCAUGCAGCAGGUUCUGCGUGCUUCCAAACUAAACUCCCCUGCCCGUGCCCCUGCUGUGUGUGAGCUCCCGGUCACAGCACGUCCGCCACCAUCUCCACUCUCCCCUCUCCUCACCCUCCUCCCCCUCAUCGAGCAUUUGCUCGCCCUUCUCCCUGCCACCACGCUCUUUCACUCUCAAUCCGCCAUCCUCGCAUCCCACGCUGCCACGCCUCUUCACCACCUCUUCACCUCCCUUCUCCUCCACCCUUUCCCUCCCCUCCCUUCGUCCCACAAGCCCACCCACUCGUGCUGGCCGCACCACGUCUACCACUCCCUGCUGCACCCCACCCUUGCAGCGCUGCUGGUACAUACCGUUGGGUUUGAGCUGCACUGCACAAUGUUGGCAGCCGCACCGCACCUGCAGUGUGACGACUUUGAAGGUCUCUCCUCCGAGCUCCAUUGACGUUCUAGUCCGCGUGACCAUGUUUGUGGCUGUAUUGUGUUUGAGACAAGGACCGUGUUACGUUGUGCUUCGUGUAAAUAAACCAUGGCGCAUUUGUUGGGCUGGUAGAUCUGAAUUAAGUGGCCUUGGGUUUAGGGUAAAUUCACAGCUUGUGCAUUGUGUAUGGAAUAAGGUAGGCAGGUGGAAACUGUUGGGCUGAUAAAAGCCCUUAGGAUCUUUCCAGAGACUAAGUCCCAGUUGAAAGUGAGACUUGAGUAGUGCAGCGGAAGUUGAGUAGUUGAGUUGAACCCUUGUACUAGUAUAUGAGAACAAAGACUAAGUCCCAGUUGAAAGUGAGACUUGAGUAGUGCAGCGGAAGUUGAGUAGUUGAACCCUUGUACUAGUAUAUGAGAACAAGUGAUUGAUUAAAGUGAACAAGCAUACAGCAAUAUAUAGAAAGUAGAAAACAAGCAGUUGUAGAAUACAGUUGAAUGGCGGUU